UCUCCUGUCAAAAAGGAGCCCAAGCCCAAACAGCGUAUGUUUUACCUAUUCUGUGCUUGUGAAGUGAUGAUUUGAUUGUGUGUAGGUACUGAGUUUCUUACAGCCAGGGCGCGGCGGAUCAAGUAUUUAUUUGUACGUUUACCCACUAAAUAAUGAUAAUGUGUAAUUGUAGUUAAAGCACUUGCUCCAUUGUUUUUUUCAAUUCUGUUGAACUACUGAAAUUAAUGUUUGAACCAGCUCCACAAGCAACAUCAGCAUUUCCAUUAAUUAACGAGAGGCGCGCGGAGAGGACGUCCUAUAUGGCAGCACCUGGCACACCAUGAAGGUGGAGUCCGAAGCGAGAGAAGCGCCGGUCGCACCCAGCGCCCCCUCGGGAACGCCGAUCGCUAGUAAUACAGAAUCGCCUGUUUCAUCCCUGGACGAUUGCCGUGAGGAGUGUGAAACUAUCCCGACGCCCGCGAGGGCGCUGCUCGCCAAGCUGGAGGAAGAAAACCGGCGGAUCGAGGCGGAUGCCAAGAGUGCGUCGCUCACCAAUGUACACAGUCGCAAAAGCUCCGAUACAUCACAGAUCUCCUUGGCUUCGGCAACCAGCUCAAGUUUGGAAACGGAGGCGCGUGUAAGCGGGACCAAUGGUGAGGAAGACUUGUGGAGUUUGUGGGGGCGCAUUGUCAGCAACUGGGAGACGGAAUGGAAGCGCCGCAACCAGUUCGUUCGCGACCUAGUGCGACAGGGCGUGCCUCAUCACUUCAGAGGCAUCGUCUGGCAGUUGCUGGCGGGGGUCGACAGCUCGCCAGAGAAGAAACUCUACGCUUCUUACAUCAAGGCGAAAUCAGCUUGCGAGAAAGUGAUUCGACGCGACAUCGCUCGCACUUAUCCGGAGCACGACUUCUUCAAAGAGAAAGACGGGCUCGGUCAGGAGUCGCUGUUCAACGUGAUGAAGGCGUACUCGCUUCAUGAUAGAGAAGUGGGGUACUGCCAGGGAAGCGGGUUCAUCGUCGGGUUGCUACUAAUGCAGAUGCCGGAGGAAGAGGCGUUCGCGGUGCUAGUGAAGAUAAUGCAGCAACACCGUAUGAGGGACAUGUUCAAGCCGAGCAUGGCGGAACUGGGACUGUGCAUGUUCCAACUGGAGAACCUGGUGCAGGAACUACUGCCAGACCUGCAUGGACACUUCCAAGCUCAGAGUUUCAGUACGUCCAUAUACGCGAGUAGCUGGUUUUUGACGCUAUUUACCACCACGCUGACUCUGCCCCUAGCAUGUCGCGUUAUGGACGUGUUCCUCUCUGAAGGCAUCGAGAUCGUCUUCAAAGUGGCCCUGGCCAUGCUCACGCUUGGCAAGAAUGAUCUAUUGUCGCUUGAUAUGGAGAACAUACUAAAGUACAUCCAGAAAGAACUGCCAGCGAAAGCGGAGGCCGAUCAGGACAUGUUCAUGAGUCUUGCGUACAGCAUCAAGGUGAAUCCGAAGAAGAUGAAGAAAUUGGAGAAGGAAUACACUGUUAUCAAGACAAAGGAGCAGGGUGACAUUGCUGUGCUCAGAUGUCUCCGGCAAGAAAACCGUCUUCUCAAGCAGCGAGUGGAGUUAUUAGAGAAAGAAAGUUCUUCACUGGCCGAGCGCCUUCUUCGCGGUCAAGUGGACCGGGCCGAGGGAGAAGAAGAAGCAUUCGCCUUGGCAAGAGAAGUUCAAGCUCUAAGGCGAGCGAAUGUAGACGCCCAACAGAGACUCGCAGUCGCACAAGACGAAAUUAGGUCUUUGGAGAUGACCAUUGCUGAGAACAACUCGAGGCAAUCGUCGUUAGAGGGCAUCGAAAGCAGCAGUGGCGCUAAAGGCGAAGAACUAGCGCGUUGUCUGCAAAGAGAGUUGGUGCGGGCGAGACUGCACGCCGCCGAGAGGGAGGCGGCCGAGCGGGAACUCACCGCGAGGAUCGCCGAGCUGGAGAGCGAGAACAAGAGUCUGCGGAGGCAGCGCGUGGACAACAACGUGGCUCAUCUACAGGAUGAACUGAUCGCUGUAAAACUGCGCGAGGCCGAAGCUAAUCUUUCUCUCAAGGAGCUCCGUCAACGCGUCGCAGAGCUAUCUGAGACUUGGCAGAGACAUUUGCAAGAACACAGACAGGAAACACCUGCUCCGCCCGUACAAUCAAACGUGGUAUCCGACAUUAUGGCAACCCCUAAAAAGUUGCUAAGGGCUUGGGAGGGCCGUUCGGCGGAUAUGCAGAAAUUGGACGAGGAACUCAUGUCCACUAAAAUGAGGGAGCUGGAGGCUUUGACGGAGUUAAAGGAAUUGAGGCUCAAGGUGAUGGAAUUAGAAACGCAAGUGCAAGUAUCGACCAACCAGCUUCGUAGGCAAGACGAAGAGGCGCGGCAGCUUCGCGACGCCCUGGACGCGGCCAUGCAACGGGAACGAGGCCUGCAGGCCAGGCAGAGGGAGUUCCAGCAUAAGUACACCGACCUCGAGAGCAAGGCAAAAUACGAGUCGAUGCAGGCGAAUAUACGAAAUAUGGAGGAUGCGCAGCGAAUAGCCGAACUGGAAACGGAAGUAUCCGAGUAUAAACUAAAGAAUGAGGUGAUGGCAACAGAGGGGGAACUAAGAAGCAACAACAUGGACGACUCCGAUAGAGUGCGCGAACUUCAGGAACAGGUCGCCGAGCUUAAAGCUGAGGUCAUGAGGCUAGAGGCGUGGAGAGCACGGGCGCUGGGCCACACCGAGCUAAGCCGCGCUAUCUCUGUCGAGGAAGAUUUAGAGGAAGACGAGAAGCUGAAGCUGAUCCUCCGCCGAGAGUCCUCCACCUCACUGGAACUCCCCCCCACGCCUCGAAAGCCCACGUAGCGUAAACACCUAAGAACAAACACAUUUCAUAUUCAAUACACUCACGAUAUUGUUCUUCUAUUAUGACAUAAUCGUUCACUCGGGUCAAUUUUGAAGUACAUCCUGUUACAUUUAUUACAGGUAAGUAUACACAUAAGUUUAAUGUUUAUAUAGAUGUAUAUUGAUAAUGUUUUCGUUUUAUUUUUUUUAACGAAUCGAAAAUGUAUCGAUUAAAUAGCAAAGCUUCCAAUUUUAUUAUAUGAAUUUGAUCAGAGAAUAAUAUGUAUGUUUUUAAGUAUAAUAUAUUUUGUAAUUAAUUUAUUGAUAAGUAUUGCUUACAUCAAACUUUAUCACAUACGGUUUUUUAUACGUGAGAAUUUAGAGAUAUAUUCCAAUUUCAUUUGAGAUUAACGACAAAUUAACAGACCGAAUAAUUUUAACAUAAAUGAAAGUGAUAAAAUUAUAACCGUGGAUCGGCUUAACAGGGUGUAAGAUCUGUUUGUUACUUCUGCGAUUUGUCACGCGGGCAAUUAUUAUUAAAACAUCCACGAAUUUACUUUUUAGACACUGUAUUAUGAUAAUAAAUUAGAGAACGAUGUAGGAUCGGCUGAAUUUCAAUUAAUGAUAGGUACGUAGUUUUCAAUUAAUACUUUAUGCAACAAAGCAGUGGCUACUAGGAUUAAUUAGAAAUAUUUUAGACUAAAUACCUACGUGUAUUUACUGUAAUGUAAUUACGGUAUUCACGAGUAAACUACCAUGACCAAAAGUUCGUUGACAAAUCGUCGCAGGUUAUUUAUUCCGAAUAUUUUCUUUAAAGAGAAAUGACUGUAACUAGCAGAUAUAAUUUCAAGAUGGAAUAAAUUUUGCACAUGAAAUAUCGCGCGAGCCAUGGUACUUUACAGUAUAAUCAAUAUUUGUUCACACGUAAAAACAAUAUAUAAAAAUAACGUAAAAACAAUAGUAAAUAUUAUAAUCUCUUAUCAGUCCUUCGAAUGGUUUUUUUAAAUGUAGAUAAGUGUACUUACCAAGAAUUUACUAAUUCACUGUAGUCUAUCUAAAUAAUAUUAACCAAUUAUAAUACUUUGAAUGUAGCUUUUUUCAAAAUACAUAUAUUUCAUACCUAGUUAAUAAACCUAUAAUAGUAACUCGUGAUGCCAAUUACUACAUCGUUGCACUGAGUUUAAUAUCUUUUUAUACUUGUGGUUGUAGUUGAGACAUACAGGUAGUGUUCGUAAUAUGCGUAGCUAUUUAUAUUAUUUGUAGAAGGGUAACUGUGCUUAUUUAUAGAGACCACUUUCAUAUAUAUUUAUAUAUUUCGUGAGUACUUCACUCGUUAAUGCCCUAUAAUAGAUCAAUGUGAUCUCAGUAUCUUAAUCUGUAUUUUUUAUUUGUCCAUUAGGUUAUCUAUUUAUCUAAGACUUUGAAUCCUACGACUGCUUGAGUAUUAUUUUAUCAUCUUAAAUAAAUUUUACCUGAACAUUCCAUUUUGUUAAUAUAAGCUUUAGUUUAAAUAUUUUAAAAUAAUUAAAUGACUAAAUAAAGAGCAGCUGCUAAAUAUUCAUUUCAAUAUAAAACAUUUGGUAAUACGACGUUCAGGUUUAUAAAUAAGCUAAUCGUAUUGCCAAAUAAAUAAUUAUAAUGCCUACGUUUUUCCUAAUUGGGUAACGCCAGCAAAAGCAUUAAGCGUUAGAUAAAUAAUUUUUAAAACAAUCAAUUAAUAUAUGUAAUAUUGUGAUCUUUAAUUAUUGACGGCAUAAAGUGAAUUUCAUGACUUAAAGCCACUAAAACAAUAUAAUGCGUACUUAUUUAAAGAAAAUCGUAUUCGAGUUAGAUAUUAAGCUACAGUAUUUUAUUUUGUAUUUUAUUAUCGCAUAGAAUACUCAGUUUUCAUCUAAUAUAGAAUUUAAUAAACAUUUACUUUUCGCACAAUAGUUGUCUAACCGAUACUUGUUGAAGAAAAUUAUGUAUAAAAGGUUGCAUACCGUACUUGUAGCAUAAAACAACUCAGAACGAAUUUAACGACACGAGAAGCUGAUUUCGUAAUUUAGCGCUUUUAAAAUAAAUAGAACACAAACAACGUUUAAUCUUUUGUCCUUGUCACUUACACAUGUGCCAAAAACUGUCCAGAAUCAUAUAUUUUGUAGGCUAUAAGUAUAUCAACAUAAACACAUAGUUAACAAUACUGCUUCCAUAUUAAUAUGUGGUUUUCAUAUAAGUAUGAUCUAUGUUUGUUAAUAGCACUGACCACUUGUCCUAACGGGUUUGAAUUUGACUUGAAUUUUGACUUUACAUACAGCAAUUAAUUAAUAAAUAAACUCAUUUCUUUUUUCAUUAUAGCUGUUUACGGUAGCUGUUGAUGAAAAAUUUGACAAUUUCAUAACAUUUUAUGUACGCGAGCAGUUUUUAUUCCGAGGUACAGUCAACACCAUAAAACGCUACCCAAUUCGACAGCGUACAACUAAAACCUUUCCUUUCUAAUGAAUGUAAAGUUAGGUAUGGGCACUAUCGUUGGGAUUUUUGUCAGCAAUUAAAAGUAGUAAGUAUAUUGAUAUUGCAUUAGCAUUUGCCUCUAUAGAGAAAAUGCUUGUUUACGUUUUGUAAUGUCACUAAGAAUUUUAUUUUUAGUUCAUGUAUGUCGAUAUUAUAAAAUACCUACUUAAUAUUAUUAAGAUAUAAGUUUAAGAAUGUGCAAUACCUUUACAAUUAUCAUUUGUCAUAACUCUAUAUCAAGACCGUAAUUUAAAGUAUAUCAUCUGAAGUGGGGGUUAAAAAAGGUAAAAAAUAUUAUUACUUAUAUUUUGUGUUUUGAAGAUCAUCAGUGAAUAAAAUCAGGCAAUUAAUAAUAAAAUCCACGGUAACGAAUUUUAUAUUUAUUAUUAUUUCAUUUUUAAUGAGUUUACGCCGAAGGACCGCAUAUAAAAAAUAGGUUUUCACAACAAAUCAAAUAAAUAGAUUGUAUUUAUUACAGGCAAUAUUUUGUACAUUUCAUUGAAAUUUUACAUUGCAAAAUAAAUGUAUUUGUCUCGUGCUUACAUUGUCCAUAGUCCAUCGGUAGUAAUGCUUUUUAUUUAUUGUAUUAAGAGCCCAAUCUGUAAUAUCAACUAUUUUAGUAAAUAAAUGAAUCUGUUUGGAUUA